AUGCUGCUGGAAUGUCAGAACAAUGACAAACUGUGCUUCAUACGGGAGAAUCAGGCUGAAGUAAUAGUCAUCCCAGCCCUCUUGGUGGGUGUAUUUGUCAUUCUCUUAAGUGUCAUACUCUGGCUCUAUUGCCGCAACUGGAAGAUAAAGCAGCAGAACAUUUUAGAAUCUAAAGAGAAAGCUGCAGUCCCAGUAUCAGAAAAUGAGAGAGGCCAGGGAAAAGCCAGCACAUCCGAAGACACCUCCAUCCAGCUGGGUGAGAUGACCAUGGAUUGCUUGCUGAGGACAGCAGCCUUAACCCUGAAGGAACUGGAGAUACCACGAGAAAGAAUCUCCCAGGAGUCACUGGAGUUUAUUCAAAAUGGCAGUUUUGGGGGAAUCUACAGAGCACAACUGGACACCCCCAGUCCUGGGAAAACUCAGCUGGUCGUCUUGAAAAUGUUACAAGAAUCUGCCACCUCUCAUGAGAUGAAAGACUUCCUGGAAAGGAUUAAAUUCCAUCAGUUCCUUGGUCCCCAUGAAAACAUAGUCAAGUUAUUAGGGUGUUCUGUAACCCAGACGCCUCUUUACAUGAUAUUGGAGGACGCUUCUAAUGGAAAUCUUCUCAACUUCCUCUGGACCUGCCGCAGGGAUGUCGUGACCAUGGACGGUUUGCCUUUUGACCUUACAGAACGGCAGGUAUAUAAAAUUGGACAACAGAUUGCAUCAGCUCUGGAGUUUCUCCAGCAGAAGAAGCUGUUCCACGGCGACGUGGCAGCCAGGAAUGUCGUCAUCGGCCGUGACUUUACUGCCAAGCUCUGCAAGCUGGGGCUGGCCCACAGAAGCCACACCUGCGGACCCAGCACCGUGACGCGCACGGUCCCUCUCAAGUGGCAGGCGCCCGAGCGGCUCCUGAAGAAGGCGCCCAGCAUCAAAUCAGACAUAUGGUCUUUCGGAAUCUUACUGUAUGAGAUGAUCACAUUAGGAGCACCGCCGUUUCCAGAAGUUCCCCCGUCCGAUAUCGUGCAGCACCUUAACAGGAGGCACAUCAUGAACAGGCCUUCCAGUUGUCAGCCAGCCAUGUACAGCAUCAUGAAGGACUGCUGGUGCUGGACUCCGACAGACCGCUUGCCUCCCACAGAGCUGAUCUGGCGGAUACAAAGAGCGAUUGAGACCAGCAACGAUCAGGCUGUACUUCAGGUUCCUGAGCUGGUGGUCCCGGAACUGUAUGCGAACGUUGCCGGAAUUGACUUGAGAGACCUUGCCAUUGACUACACAGUGUUCUGAAAGACGCCCUUUCACAGGACAGAAAAAAAGUCGGAAAUACAGGGAUCUGGAGUCACCAAAAUGUAGGCCUCGUAACCGAUCCGUGCUUCUUGGCCUGGCCCUUCCUCUUGGAAAGGGAGCGGCGUCUCCUCUUGCUCCGAGACACCAUCGCUAGAGAAGGAACUGAAGAUGGAGUCGUGCCAUUUCAUUUUACCAGUAAAAAAAAAUAAUGAAGGGAAGUGCUACACUAGACUUUAGGAGACAACAAUAGGAUUGCAACCUGGGAAGGGUGUGGUAGAAUCUCACCCUGUACUGCACUCGGGAAGGAAGCAAUAAGGCCAAUAGGGAGACUCCAAAAAAGUAAUUAUUACUAUAUUUAACUUUACUGUUGAAAGA